AUGGAUCAACACGGACAGAAUGGCCCCUCCGGCCCUGGCGGUCGCCGCUUCCACAUCGCACACAGACGUAGCCCUUCUGAGCUCACCCCCCUGAUGAUGGAGCAACUCGCUCUCGCUCAGCAGAUUGAACUUCUUCAACAGCAACAGCAGCAGAUUGCCGCAACUCAUCAACAGUAUGUCAACCUGGGCAUGAUUCAACCCCAGCAACAACUCCCCAACCAAGCCUUUGCCCAAAUGCAAGGCCAACUUCCCAACAACAACGCAUUCCAGUUCCCUCAACAACAGCAGCAACAGCAGCAGCAGCAGCAGCACCUACAGCUGCCUGGAUCUAUGGGCCCACCCGCAGGCCACCGUCGCAACCAGUCCGCCAUGCCCAACAUGACGAUGGGUCCCCCACCCGCUCCAUCCGCCGGCUCUUCCGGUACAUUUGGCGAGUUCAGUUUCCCCGGUGCAAAGUCUGAGAACGUCAACCCCAGACCCCGUAACAGUGGUUCGAUCAGUGGCGGUAGUGGUCAUAGCAGAAGACAUUCGCUCGCUCUGCCCGAGGCAAAGAAGGCUGCCGAGAUUGCUGAGCAGAAACGCAAGCAGUCAGGCUUCCAAUUCCCUGUUCCCGGUGCUGCCGGCGCCACACCCGACCGCUCUGUGAGCCCUGGUAAUGCCAACAACGACAUGCCACCUCCUGCUAACAACUUCUCUGCACGUAGUUCUGGUCGCGGUGGACAUGGCCGUAGUCAGAGUCUUGCUGUUGGCAACCAAAGAACCCAGCGUGGCGGUCCCGCCUUCCAGUUCCCCCCUCCCGGUGAGAUUAACAAUGUUCCUGAACGUCGUGGCAGCCAGGGACAUGGAAGAACCCAAUCACGCAACUUUGAUGGCAAUUGGCGUCAACAGCAACCCACCAUCCAGGAGCAGCAUACUACCAACAUGGGUAACUUCCAGAUGAACCAGCAUGCUGGAGCCCAGCCCUUCCAGCCUGGUCACCGUCAGCGCGGCUCUGUUAACAGCCAGUCGAUCAGUUCGAUCAGCAACUUCCAGUUCCCUCAGCAGCCCCAGCUCGUCCAGCUUCCUCAGGGUCAGGUUCUCAUGCAGCCAAACAUGUUCGCUACCCAGGGCUUGAACGCUCUGCAGCUCGCUCAGAUCCAGGCCUAUCAGGCCGCUGGUCUUCAGGCCCCAAUUGCAGGCCUCCAAGGACAGCAGGGUGGCCAGCAAAUGACCAUGCAACAGCAACAGCAGCAGCGCAAGACUCUCUUCACUCCCUACCUGCCUCAGGCCACUCUCCCUGCCCUGCUUGGCGACGGCCAACUCGUCGCAGGCAUCCUCCGUGUCAACAAGAAGAACAGAAGCGAUGCCUAUGUCACCACUAACGACCUCGACGCUGACAUCUUCAUUUGUGGUAGCAAGGACCGUAACCGUGCCCUGGAGGGUGAUCUCGUUGCUGUCGAACUCCUCGAUGUCGAUGAAGUCUGGGGUCAAAAGCGCGAAAAGGAAGAGAAGAAGAAGCGCAAGGACAUGACCGAUAGCCGCGGUACGUCCAUGACCGCUGUCAACGAUGCCACUACUCAGCCAGAAUCCUCCGCUGCUGAGGGAGGCAUCCGCAGACGUGGCAGCUUGAAGCAACGUCCCACUCAGAAGAAGAACGAUGAUGUCGAGGUUGAAGGUCAGAGUUUGCUCCUUAUGGAGGAGGACGAAAUCAACGACGAGCAGAAGCCUCUCUACGCCGGUCAUAUCGUAGCCGUUGUUGAGCGCGUUGCCGGUCAGAUGUUCUCUGGUACUCUCGGUCUUCUUCGCCCCAGCAGUCAAGCCACCAAGGAAAGACAGGAGGCUGAGCGUCAAGGUCGCGAUGGUGGAAACCAGCGCAACCAGCCCGACAGACAGCAAGACAGGCCCAAGAUUGUCUGGUUCAAGCCUACUGACAAGCGUGUGCCUCUGAUCGCCAUUCCUACAGAGCAGGCACCCAAGGACUUCGUCGAGAAGCACCAGGACUACGCCAACAAGAUUUUCGUCGCAUGCAUCAAGCGUUGGCCCAUCACCUCUCUGCACCCCUUCGGUACACUCGUCGAGCAGCUUGGUGAUGCCGGUGAUCUUAAGGUGGAAACCGACGCCCUCUUGCGUGACAACAACUUCGGUCCCGAUGACUUCUCCGAUGCUGUCCUCAAGAACGUCGGCUAUGAAGACUGGUCUGUAGCCAAGGAUGGCGAGGCUGCGCUGGAAUCUCGCCGUGACUUCCGCAACGAGCAGACCUUCACCAUCGACCCCAACGGAAGUGAGGAACUCGAUGACGCAAUUCACUUCAAGACCCUUAGUGAUGGUCACGUUGAGAUUGGUGUUCACGUUGCUGACAUAUCCCACUUCGUCAAGCCUUCGUCUAUGGUUGAUCGUGAGGCCAAGAAGCGCGGCAGCGGUGUCUAUCUGAUGAACCGUACCGUCAAGAUGCUUCCUCCCAAGAUCAGCUCUGAGAUCUGCUCUUUGAGCCCUGGUGAGGAGAGAUACACUGUCAGUGUGGUGUUCAAGAUCAACCCUGAUACUGGACGCGUCCUUGAUGAGGACACCUGGAUUGGCAAGGCGAUCAUCAAGAGCACUGGCAUGGUCUCCUACGAUCAAGUUGACAGCAUCGUCAACGGCCAGGGUAACUCCGGUCUUAGUGACGAGCGUGCAAGCCAGAUCGAACAGCUUCACAGCAUUUCUCAGAAGCUUCGUCAAGCCAGAUUUGGUGAUGGCACCACCAACAACCAACCUCUUCGCUUGAUCUACCAACUUGAUGACGAGAACGUGCCCGUUGAGCACAACAUCUUCGACUCCUCGCCUGCUCACGAGCUCAUCGAAGAGCUGAGCCACAAGACCAACUCGUUUGUCGCCCAGAAGAUCUUCGCUGGUCUGCCUGAGAAGGCUCUGCUGCGCAAGCAAGCCCCCCCUAACCCUCGUCGUUUGGUCACCUUGAGUGAGCGCAUGGCCAACAUUGGUGUCGAAGUGGAUACCUCCAGCAGUGGCGCUCUGCAAAACAGCCUCUUCCAGAUCGAAGAUGCCGAUGUCCGCAAGGGUGUCGAGACCCUCCUGAUCAAGGCUAUGCGUCGCGCAAAGUACUUCAUUCCUUCCAAGGCGCCCGUCGACCAAUACUCGCACUACGCACUCAACCUGCCCUUGUACACCCACUUCACGAACCCUUCGCGUCGUUACGCAGACAUUGUUGUUCACCGUCAGCUCGAACACGUUCUUACCAACGGUGCCGUCGAGUUCACCGAGGACGUUGAGGCUCUGGCAAAGACUGCCGAGACUGCAAACACGAAGAAAGAUUCGGCUCAUGCUGCACAAGAACAGAGCGUGCACAUUGAGUCUUGCCGUGCGCUCGACAGAAAGAGCCAAGAGCUCGGAGGCGAUUUAAUCAGCGAGGGCAUUGUCCUUUGCGUGUACGAGUCAGCCUUCGAUGUUCUGAUCCCUGAGUACGGUUUCGAGAAGCGUGUCCACUGCGACCAGCUUCCUCUCAAGAAGGCCGAGUUCGACAAGAACAAGCGUCUGCUCGAGCUCUACUGGGAGAAGGGUGUCCCAUCUUCUGCCUUCGUCCCUGAAGAUGAAAAGCCAAAGGCUAGCCGAGCUAACAACUGGUCUGCAGCCGCCGCUGCCCGUGACUCUGCCGCAACUCGUGCCAAGCAGGAAGAUGCUCAGCGCAAGCAGAUGGAGACCGCGACCAUCUCUACUGACGAUGCUGAUGCUCUCUUCGACGACGAUGACGAUGCUGUUUCUGAGAUCACCGAGCAGACUGCAGGUGUGUCUCUCAACGCAGACCGCAACACCCAGAGCAUGCCCCCAUCGCCCACUCGCAACGGCAUCUCUUCUCAGCAAGGCCCUCAGCGCACCAAGUCAGACCCCAAGGUCCUCCACACCACACCCGAGGCCAAGCUGAGCAACAAGGAUAAGUACCUGAAGCUCUUCAGCCUUCGUGAGUCGGAUGGCAACUACAUCCAAGAUGUCAGAGAAAUGUCGAGAGUGCCGGUCAUCCUUAAGACGGACAUGACCAAGAGCCCACCUUGCUUGACCAUCAGAUCGCUCAACCCCUAUGCCCUGUAG